CUGCUAUUUCAGGGUUUAUUCUACAUAUUAUCUUUCGUGACAGCGGGACUUUUUCGCUUAGUCCUUCAUUGGAAACAGAAAUGGCAUAUCCGAUUCCGUGCCACGCGUUCUACAUUUGCUUUUGCUGAUUUUGUAUAUAUCGUGGAUGACCAUAAUGUUGAAGAAUUUCAUCCGAUCAAAACCACUCGUAGAAGUUUUCGUGGUCCUCCUUUGCUGGUACCUCAUGAGGAUGGAUCAAUGCGAGAAGUUGAUGAAGUGAGAUGGUUUAUUUACCGGAAGCUGCACUACAUUUGGGUCGAGAAAGUGAAGAAGAUCAUUGAUGAUGACGAAAGAGAUGGCCAUUGGGUGACGCCUGGUGAUGUAUUUAGUCAACAUUAA